AUGAACCAGUCCGGAACUUCUUUUGGCCACAAGGACAGCGGUGUCUCGAUUUACGACGGCAUCGAAUGCUCCCAAGAAUUCAUCGACUCAAACCUCGAUAUUUACUGGGAAGACAUUCUUUUCUCAACAAUCUACAUCGCUUUGUUAAUCACAGGAGUCACGAGCAACUUUCUUGUUUGCGUGGUUAUCUUGAAAAAACCUGAGAUGCAAACCUUCACAAACAAGCUCGUUUUCAACCUGGCAGUCACUGACAUUUUACUCCUCUCUACUUCGCAGACAAUUGUGGCGUUUUCCGUAGAGCGAUAUCUGGCCAUUUGUCAUCCUCUCAGCUCGUAUACUAGGUCAGCCUCAAGUAGACCGCUACGCAUCAUUGCGGCAAUUUGGCUGACGGCGUUUGUCAUGGCACUUCCCUUUGGUUACGGUAGUGACACUGAAACGCUACAAAGUCAAAUGAUUAAUGAUCUGGAUGAAGUGUGCGAUAUCAACUUUGAGGUCUGCGGCAUUUUUCACGUCCUCGGCUAUGACUACAAAAAGAACAAACCAAACAUUAUAUACAUUUUCCUCACAUUCGACUCUAGUAAUACUUUCUGGAAUAUCUCCAUGACAUUAAUUUUCCUCUCAUCAACCCUGAACGCCUGUUUGUACAACCUCAUGUCUUCAAAAUUCAGGAAAGCAUUUAAGUGA